AUGUAUCUCGUACGAUGCGGAAACUCACUCUGGACACGACACGCCAACCAGCUGAAACUUCGCGACUCCAGUCCAGUAGUGAGCCAGCUACUGGACGUGUUCGACCUCCUUCCGCUGCAUCAGGAACCUACUGCCGUCACCGAUCAACCGACGCUGGACAAUGGUACGACGUCAACUCCUCUCAACCCGACGACGCAGGACCACGAAGCUGCACCACGUUCGACUCCGCCGUCGACGCCACGACUUCGACGUUCACUACGGACUCGUCAUUCACCGCGUCGACUCAUGGUGGAUCCGAAGAAGAAAUCUUACUCUUCCUAA